GUGAUCCUAUCUGCUAACAGCUAGCUAGCACACAUGCUGCCACGUUAUCUUAACGCCGAAGUAAGUAAGACCACAUUAAGGAAGGCUAUUUGGUGCAUCACGUAUACACAGUUAUGCAGACUGCAAUGCAUCGAAUGCAGAUACAGUGCAAACCCGUAGUUGCUCGCCAGGCCCAGGGGUUGGUUAGCUAGCAAGGUAGGUAGCUACUGUUACAUGCAAGUCCUGCAGACUGAAAAGCAUGGCCAGGGAGGCACAUUUCAGUGCGCGCAAAGUGAGCGUGCACCGUUGAAACUGUUUAAAAUGUUGUGAAAUGAAUUGCCCUGAAUAUUCUGUGAGCAUUACCCAUUUAGUCAGUCAUGAAUUCACUUGCAUGAUAUACAUUGACUGGUAUGAUCUAGUGUAAAUAUUGCUCCUAUUGGAAUAGCUAAGCACACUAUUUAAAACGUAUUUAUCUAAUUUGUUUGUCUUUGUAGCAGGAAUGGGUGUAAAAGGCUUGCAGUAUUUCAUGGAGAAAUGUUGUCCAGAAACCUGUGUGAUGGUGGAUCUCAGGGAGAUGGCAAGGCAGCAUGUCAACAGUCACCAACAGGGCAGCAGCAGCACUCCUCCUACACUGGUGGUGGAUGGCAUGGCCUGUCUGAGGCACUGGUACAGCUGUCAAGCCUGGGUGUAUGGUGGCCAGUGGAAAGAGUAUAUGCAUUGCCUGAAGGAGUUUGUGGGUGCAUUCACGACUGCAGGUAUUCGACUUGUGUUUUUCUUCGACGGGGUAGUGGAAGAAGAAAAACGGGCAGAGUGGGUGAAACGGCGACUGAAGGUCAACGAGGAGGUUGCCAGGGUGUUCCACCAUUUAAAGUGUCAUGGUCAACAGCCUGGCCGGGAGCUGUUCUGCCUCCCCUCAGGGCUGGCCACCUUCUCUCGCUUUGCCCUCAAGUCUCUGGGCCAGGAGACUUGGUGCUCUGUUCGCGAGGCCGACUAUGAGAUCGCCUGCUUUGCCCUCCGUCACAACUGUAUGGGCAUCCUGGGGCAGGACACAGACUUUAUUAUCUAUGACUCAGUCCCCUAUCUGUCUGUGAGUCGGCUGAGGCUAGACACCAUGAUCACUGUGCUGUUUUCCAGAGACAAACUGUGCCAUGCCCUCCAGCUGCAGAAGAGUGAGCUCCCUCUGCUCGCGUGUCUCCUUGGUAAUGACGUGGUGCCAGAGCAGCGGAUGCAGCGGCUGCGUAGUGAUGCCCUGGCAGCUUACAGGAGGAAACAUCCACAGUCUCCACCUCAAGGGGAGAAGAUUUAUGCUGUAGCAGAUUUCAUCAGUAGCAACAAGCUGUCCAGAGAGGGAGCCCAUGGUGUUAGCUCUCUGCCUCUAACAGAUAGAGAGGUUCUGGAGAAAGGAAUACAGUACUAUCUACUUCCUGGUCAACAGCCGCUAUGGGACAUUAGUGAUACCUCUCCUCAUAGCCCUGUGUGUCUGAUGAAGAGCUACUUGAGUCCUGACAUCCUCAAGGUAAUUCAAUAGAAGAAGCAGACAUACAUUGUUGCAGUUUAAAGAGCUAAUAACAUAAAAAGCCCAAACAAUAUGAUGUUGAUGAUGAUUGUUUUGAAUCCUGUUUUUUUGUUUUACAGGCAGCCAAAGAAAAGCACAUGCGAGCAGAGUGUUUUAUGGUAUACAAUGUACUGUAUGAUGGUGUGGUGGAAUGCAGUAAUACACUUGAAGACAGGGAGGAUGCUGAGCUCACUCCACAGGCAAUUGUGUAUCAACCUUGCAGAGAACGCAUCUACGGCAUUCUGUUACCCACAACUCCAGGUAUUGUAUAUUACAUAGUUAUUACAAUAUUACAUGGUGAUUAUUACAUGGUUAUUACAACAUUGCAUUCUUAUUUGUUGUCAAUUUUACUACCUAGCACCACCUCAAUGAAACAGGUUGCCAUUUAUCAUGCAUCUUUUCUCAGACAUUGGUGGACGGGCCCCAACCGUGAGGGAAUGGUUUGUCUUUCCUGGAAACCCACUAAAGGAGCCCAAAGUAGUAUCUCCCUUGCCCCUGAACCACUCUGGUAUGUUGUGAAUUCUUAACAUUAAUUUAACAACUCAUGUGGAAUAAGAAGUUCAUUGCAUAUUGAUGCAAAGUGCCGUAGAUGGAUAUAUCUCACCUUGAAAUAAUAUUUUCCUUGCCAAGUUGGAAAACUAGAUUUGACAGGUUUAUGGUUUGGGAAGGACUCCGAAACGACAUGCCUCCGCAUCUCCACCUUCUUGGCUGUAUUUGAGUUGGAUGAAUUCUCAGUGGAGCAUGAUCGUCUGGAUGGCUCUUUGAUGUCUGUGCUGUGCCUUGUGACCUACAUUGCCAUGCAGGUGGGGAAAAUACUAUGUUUUAGUGUGAAGUGUUUUUUUGGUCUGAUUCUUUACAAACGCCUGUACUUCAGCCUCUCGUCUCAGUAGAGUGUUAUCAUGAUUGAACAACGUAGAAGUCUACAUGAACCAGUCACCCCUCUGGGGUUUUACAAUGUUGCUAGCUCGUAUUAUUGACCUUUGUUAUGUUAUGAAAAGAGGGCCGGCAUUAUCACAUAGAUAAUUUGAAAAUCCUAGCUCUUUUUCUCUGUGGUUCUUUCUAGUCAAUGAAGCUGAUAGUGUCUGAUAAGGAACAAUAGUUACAGUGGGGCAAAAAAGUAUUUAGUCAGCCACCAAUUGUGCAAGUUCUCCCACUUAAAAAGAUGAGAGAGGCCUGUAAUUUUCAUCAUAGGUACACGUCAACUAUGAAAGACAAAAUGAGAAAAAAAAAUCCAGAAAAUCACAUUAUAGGAUUUUUAAUGAAUUUAUUUGCAAAUUAUGGUGGAAAAUAAGUAUUUGGUCAAUAACAAAAGUUUUGUCAAUACUUUGUUAUAUACCCUUUGUUGGCAAUGACACAGGUCAAACGUUUUCUGUAAGUCUUCACAAGGUUUUCACACACUGUUGCUGGUAUUUUGGCCCAUUCCUCCAUGCAGAUCUCCUCUAGAGCAGUGAUGUUUUGGGGCUGUCGCUGGGCAACACGGACUUUCAACUCCCUCCAAAGAUUUUCUAUGGGGUUGAGAUCUGGAGACUGGCUAGGCCACUCCAGGACCUUGAAAUGCUUCUUACGAAGCCACUCCUUCGUUGCCCGGGCGGUGUGUUUGGGAUCAUUGUCAUGCUGAAAGACCCAGCCACGUUUCAUCUUCAAUGCCCUUGCUGAUGGAAGGAGGUUUUCACUCAAAAUCUCACGAUACAUGGCCCCAUUCAUUCUUUCCUUUACACGGAUCAGUCGUCCUGGUCCCUUUGCAGAAAAACAUCCCCAAAGCAUGAUGUUUCCACCCCCAUGCUUCACAGUAGGUAUGGUGUUCUUUGGAUGCAACUCAGCAUUCUUUGUCCUCCAAACACGACGAGUUGAGUUUUUACCAAAAAGUUAUAUUUUGGUUUCAUCUGACCAUAUGACAUUCUCCCAAUCCUCUUCUGGAUCAUCCAAAUGCACUCUAGCAAACUUCAGAUGGGCCUGGACAUGUACUGGCUUAAGCAGGGGGACACGUCUUUCACUGCAGGAUUUGAGUCCCUGGCGGCGUAGUGUGUUACUGAUGGUAGGCUUUGUUACUUUGGUCCCAGCUCUCUGCAGGUCAUUCACUAGGUCCCCCCGUGUGGUUCUGGGAUUUUUGCUCACCGUUCUUGUGAUCAAUUUGACCCCACGGGGUGAGAUCUUGCGUGGAGCCCCAGAUCGAGGGAGAUUAUCAGUGGUCUUGUAUGUCUUCCAUUUCCUAAUAAUUGCUCCCACAGUUGAUUUCUUCAAACCAAGCUGCUUACCUAUUGCAGAUUCAGUCUUCCCAGCCUGGUGCAGGUCUACAAUUUUGUUUCUGGUGUCCUUUGACAGCUCUUUGGUCUUGGCCAUAGUGGAGUUUGGAGUGUGACUGUUUGAGGUUGUGGACAGGUGUCUUUUAUACUGAUAACAAGUUCAAACAAGUGCCAUUAAUACAGGUAACGAGUGGAGGACAGAGGAGCCUCUUAAAGAAGAAGUUACAGGUCUGUGAGAGCCAGAAAUCUUGCUUGUUUGUAGGUGACCAAAUACUUAUUUUCCACCAUAAUUUGCAAAUAAAUUCAUUAAAAAUCCUACAAUGUGAUUUUCUGGAUUUUUUUUUCUCUAUUUGUCUGUCAUAGUUGACGUGUACCUAUGAUGAAAAUUACAGGCCUCUCUCAUCUUUUUAAGUGGGAGAACUUGCACAAUUGGUUUCUGACUAAAUACUUUUUUUCCCCACUGUAUGUCUACUGCUGCACUUAAGGUGCUCUAUGCAUAAUGCAUUAUUCAUGUUUUCUCAGUGAUUUCUCAUUCUUGGAUGUUUGUUUUGUAUACGAGACCGUGUUUCCAUUACCCUCAGACUAGAACACUUCUCAUGCUUGUUUUUAGGUGGGCCUCUCCUUGGAAGACAUAGAUGCUUAUCUCAGCCAAGCUAUCUGUGUCAGGUACAAAUCCUACUCAGAACUGCUUCACACAAGGGUGAGUGAGAUACACUAGUGUCCUCUGGCUGUCUCUGACAAACCCUUUAAGGUCUUUAUAGAUGCUUCAGAAAAGGGUUAUAUCACAUUUGGGAAAGUGUCAGAUAUAAAGACCUGUAACUUAUAUAGUUAUACAUUUGCUUAUAAAUGAUUUGUGUAUCAUCUAUGUAGGCCUUAUUAAGCGUUUGUGAAGACUUCAUUAAGAUUAUAAAGUAGUUUGUUUUUAAAGUAGGACCCUUCUAUUUAGGAAAAACUGAAGAUAGUUGGAAAGCUUUUCGGAAGGCAUAGAAGUCUUUCCGGUAUAUACACUACAUCUUUAUACUACUCAUCCAAGUUUUCUAAUUUUGCAAACUCCAGCAUCAUGUGAGGGCAACCUGCCAAUUAGGUUGGAGAGUGUAUAGUGUAUAGCCCAUGAUCAUAUGGCUCCUACCCAGUCAUUGAGAUGUUUGCAAAUAAACAACCACUUAAGAUAAUGGCCUGACAAAGGUCUAUUUAGAGUGUGUGUUGAAGGUCAGAUGGAGGAUGAUUGGCUGAUCGCAAAUGACUGACAACAGACUGAGAGACCAUAGCAUGUAGGGUGCAAGAACACAGAUUUUAUUUGACCCACCCUAGGUCUUGGGAGAAUUGUAUAGUCAAGAAGCCGUUUUUCCACAAUACAGCAAGUCCCACAGAAGAAACUCAGUUGACUCUUUCUCAAUAUGCAAGAAGAUGCAGCAGUAGAAACUGCUGAGGGGGGCGUAAUUUUGGGGCGCAUUGUGACAUUCCUACCAAACUGCUCUAAUUGUGGUCUGAACCUGAGAAUGAUGCUUUGGCGACGGACUCCAAGCUGUCCCCGACACUGACCACAGCGGCUAUUUGCAGCUCCCCACCCUAAUUUAAACCCUACUAUGCCUGCUAUUUCUGCCCCAGCUGCCCAGAGCGGGCAGUGGUUUUCCUGAGCCCGGGUUGAUAGCGGCUCCUUACGGUAGAGAUAAUGGAUGAUAGCAAUGACAAAUUAAAGCCUGGUGGGAGACAUCCAGGAAGCCUCCUCCUGAUUUACGGUGCCUCCAUAGCGUCCUCCCUAAAGCUAGCGUCAGUCAGUUUCUCUGGACUUGUCAAAUCAGGAUUGUUACUGUUACUCUGAUAUUAAUACAAAUCGGCUCACUGUGGCCACUAUCAUGUGCAACUCUCCAUUCUUUCUCUUACUUUUAAAGGUUAUGUUUGUUGUGAUCAUUGAACGUUGUACGGUUUUUGUGUGUGUUGGUUUAUAUAACAGCUUCAGUAAACUCCAGCUUGUGUAACACUAGAUCCCAGAAUAUAUGGGGUGAUAAGGAUUGUUUGUGUUGGGGAGAUUUCUGUUUAGUAAGUGCACAGUAGCAGGUGUUGAAUGGGUGGACUGGAGGAGGGAGAGAGAGAGGCACACGCCGGGCUGGGUGGGGACAGCCUGAUGCUGGACAGAUAAGAGUGUGUAGGCUUGUCUGCCUUUCCUACUCCAGGGCUCCACGUGCACCUGUUGCCCCACACCAUUGUUGUAUCCCAUCAGGAAGUAUUUCACAUCUGCCUGAAAUCUCAGAAGGGGCGGGGAGGGUUGGAGAGAGGAGGAGGGGGAGCCAGAUGGCAGGAGACUUUCCAGGGGCAGCCUGAUGCCCCUGGAGAGUCUCCAUCUCUCUCCUCUCUCUCUAAUCUCUCUCCCCCUGCAGUGCUUUCUCAUACUGGGGGAAUGUCCAUUCAGCCUAGGGCUGGGGAUCAGGGGAUGCCACUGCAUUAGGGAGCUGCUGGGAGCCAGCAUUCAGCCCUCAUCCACACUCACACAGAUAAACCCUUUUAUUCAACGGCAAGGGCUCCAAAUUAGACCAUUCCUAGUUUCUACUAGUGUCAUGAGUAGGGUUGCAAAAUUCCAGGAACGUUCAAUAAAUUCCUUGGUUUUCCAGAAAUCCUCAUUGUAGGAUUCUGGAUUUCCUGCUUAUUCCCUCCCCAUUCCGGGAAUCCUCCAACCUGGAUUUCGGGAAAACCAGAGAAGUUAUUGAACGUUCCCAGAAUUUUGCAACCCUGGUCAUGAGACACUGAUCAUCUAAGCUUGUACAGCAGAAUGGGAUGUGUGGUGCUGUUUCAAAUAUACACUAGUAAGAUCCUCUCUUGUGUAAUGGACGGGAGACGGUUGUCCAAAACACAGAGGGGUGCCCCCAGGGGUGUCGGCUGUCUCAGGCAUCUGGUUGGAGGAGAUUUGAAUGUUUAUGCUUUGGGGAAGUUGCUGUGAGGACAGCUGCACCCAUCUACUUAAAGACAUGGUCCUUCCCAACUUUUAUCCUCUUCACUGAGGGUGGUUCCAUGGCUGGAGAUUAGCAUUCUGACUUAAGCAUUUAGAGAAAAAUACACCAAAUUAUGGAAAGGAGGUUUGACUAAGUUUAGAAAUGUUAAAGGAACAUUUUUACUGGUUUCCUAAUUGGCCAGGGAUCCCACACACAAGUAUGUGUUUCUUACUUUAACUGCCAAUUUCAACCAAUGUACAGGACAUGUGUAGCCACACAUUGUCAAAUUACUACGUGUCAAAUUGGCCAGUUUAGGCCUAUGCUCAGAGAUACUCUGUUUUAAAUAAGCCCCAAAGUAGUAGCUUCCCUUGAUUGCCUGUAUGUGUGUUUAGAUGUGGGAUGAGUGCUUUGUUUAGGGGCAGUGUGCCUGGAAGGCGCAGACUUUAGCUCUAUCUCUCUUCUCUCUUAGUUUGCUUUAGCUGAAGCUGUGUUUAAAUGGGGAGCAGGUGGCAGGCAGGUCUCUGGGCCGAUGUGUUUGACAGGGCCUAAUCAGCCCUCUCUUAUCUGCUAUGGGAGGGCCCAGGUGAGACCUGAGGGUAAAUACACUCCCCUUCGUAUUUAUUUGGACAGUGAAGCUGGAACUUUUCAUUUGUCUCUAUACUCCAGCAUUUUGGAUUUGAGAUCAAAUGUUUCAUAUGAGGCGACAGUACAGAAUGUCACUUUUUAAUUGAGGGUAUUUUAAUAUCUGUUUUACCAUUUAGAAAUGGAAGCACUUUAUGUAAAAUUACAGAUGCACAAAGAUCAUGCCCCCAAAACAUGCUAACCUCUCACCACUGCCAAUAACAGGGGAUGUUAGCAUUUUUGGGGGGUAUGAUAUUUAGGCCUCUGUAACGAUUCAUUAUUCAAGAUUCAUUCAUGAUUGUCCAUAAUCAUGGUAGCAUCCACAUUAAUGUAAAAGUGUUCAGAAACAUAUUCUAUUAUUAUUUACAAUAAAAGUGACUCCAAAAUGACACAAUACAUUAUUAACAUUCAUUUCUACUGGGCACAACAUAAUCCGAAACACAAUCAAUACAAUCUGCAAAUGCAUCCAACAAGUUUGUAGAGUCACAAGCUAGGAAUAUGGGACCAAAUACUAAACUUUGGACUAAAUUUAAUACACUAUAAGAGAAUUUGUCCAAAUACUUAUGAUACUUUCAAAUGGGGGGACUAGAUACAUUAAGUGUUUUCAUUUCUAAACGGUAAAAUAAAAGGUGACAUUCUGUACUGUCACCUCAUAUAAAACAUUUGAUCUCAAAUCCAAAAUGCUGGAGUAUAGAACCAAAUUAAACAUUUUAGCUUUCCUGUCCAAAUAAAUAUGUAGGGAAUUGUACAAGGAACAUCUGCCUGUUGGCUAGCUAGCAACUGCUCCUGUCCUGCUGCUACCCCUGCCUCUCCUCUCUCUGUGCUGUUGCUGCAGGUCAACUCUCUGGGGCAGAGUUUAUUAACUGGAACUAGCCAGGCUCCAUAAUGUAUGUGCUAUAGCAUACUCUUCAACUGUCGUCAUGCCAUACAGUUAGGACGAUACAUUACAGAACGUUCCCAUAGAAACAUGGUGUAGAACAGAUAUGAUUCUUUCAUGUAAAAUAGAGAGUCAUGUGAACUCUACUCAUUCUAUCUGCUCUGCAGGUCUCUCAUGUGGCGCCCCGGGCAGUUCAGCUGGGCUCUCUGUUUGUCCGAGGGCUGACCCACCUGGCGGCCGCCAACAGCGCUUGCGGAUGCCCCUUCCCCAUGGAGCAGCUGAUGCCCUGGAACACCUUUGACGGCCUGCUCUUCCACUCAAAGUACCUGCUGGCUCACUUGGGGAGGCCACAGGAGGAGCUGCUGGAGGGCAAUGUGAGUCAGUGUACACAGUGGUAGUAGGAUUGAUUAUGUAUGAACAAAAAAAAUGAGCGUCUGCUAAAUGACUAAAAUGAUUAUAGCUAUUAGCUGCUGUAACAGUGGUGGUAGGAUUGAUUAUAAAUAUUAGCUACUGAAACAGUGGUGGUAGGUUUGAUUUAUACACUGAACAAAAAUAUAAACACAACAUGCAACAAUUUCAAAGAUUUUAAUGAGUUACAGUUCAUAUAAGAAAAUUAGUCAAUUGAAAUAAAUUAAUUAGGCCCUAAUCUAUGGAAUUCACAUGACUGGGAAUACAGAUAUGCAUCUGUUGGUCACAGAGACCUUUAAAAAAGGUAGGAGAGUGGAUCAGAAUACUAGUCAGUAUCUGGUGUGACCACCAUUUGCCUCAUGCAACGGGACACAUCUCCUUAGCAUAGAGUUGAUCAGGCUGUUGAUUGUGGCCUGUGGAAUGCUGUCCCACUCCUCUUCAAUGGGUGUGCGAAGUUGAUGGAUAUUGUCGGGAACUGGAACACGCUGUCGUACACAUCGAUCCAGAGCAUUCCAAACUUGCUCAAUGGGUGACAUGUCUGGUGCGUAUGCAUGACAUGGAAGAACUGGGACGUUUUCAGCUUCCAGGAAUUGUGUACAGAUCCUUGAGACAUGGGGCCGUGCAUUACCAUGCAGAAUCUUGAGGUGAUGGCGGCGGAUGAAUGGCAUGUCAAUGGGCCUCAGGAUCUCGUCACGGUAUCUCUGUGCAUUCAAAUUGCCAUAGAUAAAAUGCAAUUGUGUUCGUUGUCUGUAGCUUAUGCCUGCCCAUACCAUAACCCCACCACCAACUUUGGUCACUCUGUUCACAACGUUGACAUCAGCAAACCGCUCACCCAAAUGACGCCAUACACGCUGUCUGCCAUCUGCCUGGUACAGUUGAAACCGUGAUUCUUCCGUGAAUAACACACUUCUCCAGCGUGCCAGUGGCCAUCGAAGGUGAGCAUUUGCCCACUGAAGUCAGUUACGACGCCAAACUGCAAUCAGGUCAAGACCCUGGUGAGGACGAUGAGCACGCAGAUGCGUUUCCCGAGACGGUUUCUGACAGUUUGUGCAGAAAUUCUUCGGUUGUGCAAACCCAGUUUCAUCAGCUGUCCAGGUGGCUGGUCUCAGACGAUCCCGCAGGUGAAGAAGCCGGAUGUGUAGGUCCUGGGUUGGCGUGGUUACACGUGGUCUGCGGUUGUGAGGCCGGUUGGACGUAUUGCCAAAUUCUCUAAAACUACGUUGGAGGUGGCUUAUGGUAGAGAAAUUAACAUUCAAUUCUCUGGCAAUAGCUCUGGUGGACAUUCCUGCAGACAGCAUGCCAAUUGCACACUCCCUCAAAACUUUAGACAUCUGUGGCAUUGUGUUGUGUGACAAAACUGCACAUUUUAGAGGGAUCUUUUAUUACCCCCAGCACAAGGUGCACCUGUUUUAAUGAUGAUGCUGUUUAAUCAGCUUCUUGAUAUGCUACACCUGUUAGGUGGAUGGAUUAUCUUGGCAAAGGAGAAAUGCUCACUAACGGAUGUAAACAAAUUUGUGCACAACAUUUGAGAAAUAUGCUCUAUUGAACAUUUCUGGGAUAUUUUCUUUCAGCUCAUGAAACAUGGACCAACACUUUACAUGUUGCUUUUAUAUUUUUGUUUAGUGUAGAUAUUAGCUACUAUAACUGGUGGUAGGAUUGAUUUAUAGCUAUUAGCUACUAUAGCUGUUGUGACUGGAUCCUCAGACUUUGAGUCAAUCUUUCCCCUAGAUCAUCUUCCAGAUGAGGCCCUAAAAGCAACUUCCAGGCAUUGUGGCUCCAAAGUUGUCUUUGAAACCAAUAGAAGUCAAAAUCAUGUAGGGGAAACCCUACCUUGUGUGUACGCUCAAGGGGGAAGUGUUUUUCUUACUGAACUUGGCUCAUCCUCUUGUUUAGGCAUCCUGGGUGUCCCUCUUCCGUUUUCUGAGAGAGCUUGUCCUGGGAGUCUGCAGCAGGCGUGGCCAGACCAUCCAGUCCAGACCACGGACAACACAUCCCGGUUAGAGACACAUUCAUUUUACUAAUGAAACGUGUUGAGGUUCCAGUGUCGGUGAACAAUGCACACAUAUUUACAUAAACACAGUCCAUUAGUGCUAAUAAUGUAAUAGUAAUAGGAGCUCAUUCUGCCCAGUUAGUGGGUAAUCACUGUUCAAUAUAUUGUAUCUACAAAACAUGUUUAUCUGCUUAUACUAUUUGUUUAGGCUAAUGCUAAAAAAAUCCAUGACAACAAAUAGUUUACAAAAUAAUGUUCAUAGUAUCCUCCUCAAAGUUAUGCUGCAAUGUUGGUUGAUUCCUGAGGCAAAGACAUUGCUACUCUUUGCCACGCUCGGAGAGACAGCCUAUCAUUAUUAUCCAUAUGUUCUGAAUAAAAGGAAAUAAUUAUAGUUGAAAGAGAAUGUGUACAGUCCAUGCAGGACUGUUGGUGCCCCUUGUGGGGGAACAAUACCCAGUAGUCUCUACAGUCUAUAAUAAGAUCCAUCUGGGCCUCUGUCCAUUGGCAAAGUUCCAGUGGAAGAUCAUUUUGGCUCCUCAAGAUGCUUUGUCAUAACAAGAAUCAUUCUUUUUAUAGGAUGUGAUCUAUAUUAGGUAACAUAACAAGACAACCAAAUUAUAACAUCCCAGGACCAGCCUGGUACAAAGUCCUCAACCCCCACUGCUCAUCUGGCAUCCAGCGUACUGUGGUUCUCUAUGGAGAUUUAAAAAAUGAUCCAUCUGUUUGUUCUCUUGACGUUGUACAACACGUGAAAUAUGAACUACAUUUUGUUUAGUUUUGGUUGGUUUUGCUACUAUGAUAUGAUUUGUAACGUCUGCUCUUCGUCCACACACAGUAUUUGAGUUAAUGUAUGAUAGCCUAUUUCUGUGGGCCACAAAUACUAUGAGAUAUUGAGUGUGGAAAGGGGGCUUCAGUUUGGAAUAAGCAACUAGUUCUGUAAACAAAAUCUAUCAUAACUCAAAAUAACUGUUGAAGUAUAGAUGGGAAUGGGAACUUAGGGAAUACUUAGUAGAGCCAGGACGAUACCAGUAUCGCGAUACUCAUUAGUAUCGUGACAAGGAAACAAAACACAAAGUGGAUUUAACUUCUUUAGGAAAACAGCCCUAAUGUUGGAAACAAACUUCAAUAUGUUGUCAUCCAGUCACAUGUAUUUAUUUUCCAAGUUAUAGCGCACAAUAUUUUACAUACAGUAGGUUUUUAAAGGAACAAAGAGUUUGGUCUGUGUUUUCAUUUUUGCCAUGUAAAAAAUUGAGAUAUUGGUAUCGUCACAGCCCUACAAUAUGCCGUAGUGAAAGUGCUUUACAGAAAAAAAUUAUGUUAUGCUCCCAGAAUAUUGAGUUCCUCUGAGGUGAAACAAACAUUCUGACCCUAAUAACAUAAUGAGGCCCCUCUAAUCAUUAGAGUGGUGAAGUAAAAACAAGACAAAAACAGAGCCACCACGACCGUGCGUGUACGUGUGUCUGCCUGCAUGCGUGUGUGAGGCCGAUGUUUUAGAACUGGCAUUUAUUUUUAUUUUUUUGUCUCCUUGCCAAUGUUCACUUUAAGUGUCUGUCUUUCAUACAAUGAUUGUUCUGAGUUUAUAGAUUGCAUACGCUGCAAAAAAAAUGUUUUCUACUCCUUUUAUUCAGUGUAGACAUAAAAAAGGUAUGUCUUUAAUUUAUGUCUUAGACUCAACCAGUAAUCAUUACCCCAGGGUUGUGGGGAGAUGGUGGUGGCGCUUUGCGAGCACAGAAUUGUAUGGUUUGUGUUUGGAGUGAUUCUUAAUGUUUCGUCUCCACAGCGAAAUAUUUAUACCAAGACUCUGAAACUCAUAAUUAAAAGAGCAUUUAAAUAUUUUGUGUGGUGUUUUCCUCAGGGAAGCAUGUGGAUCACAGCGAGCAGUGGAGGGAAAGAGGAGCCCCAUCGGGACAGCAUGGUCCCCCUCCUCAACACUGCAGACUCCAGACCAGAUACCCAUCAGGACAGCAUGGUCCCCCUCCUCAACACUGCAGACCUCAGACCAGAUCCCCAUCAGGACAGCAUGGUCCCCCUCCUCAACACUACAGACCCCAGACCAGAUCCCCAUCAGGACAGCUUGGUCCCCCUCCUCAACUCUACAGACCCCAGAGCAGAGGUCCCAGAGCACAGUCACAUGGUAGGCUACAGACAGACCACUAGCUGCUGGUGGCUGCCUGGGCCAGGGCGUAGUGCCAUUGAGGUUUAUUCCAACCAACCAACAACAAAGCAGUAGCAACCUAAUUUGAUUCUGUUGUUGGUUGAAUGAUUUUCAACCAGCUGACUAAAACGUAAUGUUUUUUUGUUUUAUUUUUGCUUGAAUUUCAUAAUAAUCAUGUGAUAUCAUUCAUAAUUAAUCAUAUUUUAUUAUAUUUUUCACAGAACAUAACAGACCUAGAUCAACACGUCCAAACAGAAGUAGAUACCACCUGGCUCCUAGGUGAGUGUCAGCAUUUUUUAUACUGUUGCAUGAGCAAGCUGCAUUCAUUCAUUCAGCAUUGCCUUGAAAAAAACAACAGAUUCUGAUUUGUCUUGCCUCUCUGUUUUUGUUGUAGGUGGCAGAACCCCCAUCCUGAUUUCCCCUGACUGUCAGUGU